GAGGCGGGGUUCGAGCUUGGCGCGGUGUUGUUCCGUGUGCAUCCCGAGUGCUGCGUCGUGGGCGGUAUGUCUCGGGCGAAUGGGGACGCGCGUGGGGGCACGGAGGGAGACGGCAUUGCUGCUACCGGCCCCUUCAGCUUCAGUCCGGAGCCCACGCUCGAGGACAUCCGCCGCCUCCAUGCUGAGUUUGCUGCUGAACGAGACUGGGGCCAGUUCCACCAGCCUCGGAACCUCCUACUGGCCUUGGUGGGGGAAGUGGGGGAGCUGGCAGAACUCUUUCAAUGGAAGCCCGAUGAAGAGCCUGGCCCCCAAGCCUGGCCCCCCAGGGAACGGGCGGCCCUUCAGGAGGAGCUUAGUGAUGUCCUCAUCUACCUGGUAGCAUUAGCAGCCCGCUGCCAUGUGGAUCUGCCCCGAGCGGUGCUCUCCAAGAUGGACCUCAACCGCCGGCGCUACCCAGCACAUCUGUCCCGCGGCUCUGCCCUCAAGUAUACAGACUUGCCCCAUGGGGCCACCUCUGAAGACCAAGCUGUGGGGCCUGAAGACUGUGACCGUGAGUCCACAGGCCAGGCCUCAACCUAGAAACAUGGGCACAGGACUUUGCAACCCAGCAUGGCAUCUGAGAAGCAGAGUAUGGCCUGGCCAUGGAACUUUGUUCUAGUCCUUUCCUAAUGGAUCAGGGGCCUUCGGACUUCCUAAGGCCUGUGGCCCGAAAACCUCCAGAAGACAGCCUCCUGUUAUUUUUUUCACUCUCAUUAAGUUUUGGUUAGCAA